AUGAAAAUGGCCCCUACAUUGGCGGUUUUUGUACUUCUAGUAGCUUCGGGUAAGUCUUUGUAACGCCUCAAAACGUUCUUAUACAAAACUCUUUCGCCUAGAAAGUGAAAUUUUCCUCUAAGCCUCGUGGUUUUCGCUUCCUUGUGCAUGUAGCUUUGUGGCAAAAGCUUUGACGUAUAAAGCUAGUGGUAGGUUUUAGGGCAAACUUCCAAGGAAAGAAAUUUUACUUUCCUUAAGAUUUGCUAACAUACGUUUUGUAAAUAGUCCUCUACCGUAAAUAGUUCUCUACGUUUUUUAAAGAUUGUCAUAUUAUAUUAUUUUAAACUGAUAUGAAGUUGUUUUUCAUCCAGCUUGGAUAGCACCUUUCAGUUACCACACGAAACACAAGAAAUAUUUUAGAAACGCCAUAUGUUUGAGCGAUUCGCUUCAGCUUAUAUCGGUGAAAUUUUUUUUCUCCUUCUUCUUGUUCUUUAGAAAAAGAAAAGUGUAGCUGCCCCCGCCUUUUUUUUUCAGUCAGCUAACUUUCUUCUGUUUUUUGAAGCUAGUAGUUUCAUGUUUGGAAGGAACCAUAAGCGGAAGAACUGUUGUGUACAUGUAUGUUGUAGGUCAAAAUGAAACCCAGGUCAAAGUGGUUUCAACAAGAAGGUUGAUUCUCAAUUUUUUUAAAUACUAAGUUACCCAAAAAUUACAGGGUUUUUCCGCAGUCAAAUGUUAGUUCUCAUAGUCCAGGUUUGACAUUGGUGCAGGGUGCUCCAAAACAGGAUUUUUACUAAGAAUUCUAGUAGCAGGAGAAAGGUGUAACUCUGCUGGAAAAUAUUGUGAAAGAGGCUCCAUGUCUGAAUAGAAAAUAGUCAUUGACUAUCGCAUGUUAGCUGGAGAAUUCCGAGCAGAAAUGGAGAAUUCUCCGAUCUCUGAUGCCUAAUGAACACCCUGCAAAACCCAUGUCCAAUCGUCCAGGACAGGUAGAAAUUUAGCUCGGACAUGUAAACCUUUGACAUGACUUGUCCGUGGAAGAAGCACAUUUUUAAUAAUAGAAAAAAUAUGGAUACAGUUGAAAAUUGACUUCAAAUUACUGUAGAAUAAUAUUACUUCUGUUAAGACAAAACUCAUUCCCAGACUCCAAAUUUGCAUUGAUAAUAGCAUAAUCACUAAAGUCCAAAAACAACUGUGCUGUUAAUUUGUCUUUUCUUGUGUGGUUUUGAUUUUAAAAUCUUUUGACAUUUUGUAAUAAUUUUCCUGGAAUAUCUAAAACUCCCAACAUAAAAGAUAAGAAAGAAAUCCCUCAAAAAGCAGAUUCUAGAGUGCACGAGACGGCAAAUUUUUCAAAAUGGCAAGUUGACUGGCCUUGGUUACUAGAAGAUAGUGUUGUUUCCUUUACUAUAUUUAAUUUGGUUUACCUCGAGUUGGUUGGAGGUAUAAUUUUUGACGGGUAACAAUGAGUUUGGGCAAGUACAACCUUAACAGUACUGGCCCAGGUGGCAAGUGUUUAAAAAAUUAAGCUUCCAAUGCUGCUUAUCCACUUUAAAAUCAUGCUCAUUGCUUAGACUUUGCCCCUCUUCAUAAUAAUGACCUUAUUUCAACAGUUAGUACUCAAGCUACUUAAUAGUGGUGCAGUUUUGUGGGGGCAACUGUCAUUUGCUGGUUAAAUUGUGAACAUGCAGGGCCAAAGUCUACUUCAAAGAUUGAGAAACAGUAACUGUUAUUAUUAGCAGAUAAUAGUCACAGGACUUAAGAGUGACUAGUGAUGAAGGGAUAGUUAAAUACACAAUCAACUCUCUCUUAGUAAACAGAUGCGUCUUAAUAAUAGACACCCAAAAUGAAUAUCCACUGAGUUGGUUUCUAUCAUUGACCCCCCACAAGGUGGACACCUCUGAGAUGAACACGUCUUUCCCUUGACUUAAUUUUUCAGAAUUGGAAUUCUGUCUUUCUUUUUUCAAGCCCUGCAGACCAGUGCUGACUAUAUUCUAAAUCACUGUGUGCCUAAACUGUGUAGUUACUUUCCUGCUCUAUGCCUUGUAAAACCAUCUAGUGAGAUGCUACACUUGCAACUGCUAUGGGGCCAUAACAUUAGUUUUUAAAUUACUUGUCAUUAUGUGCAUAAAUUUUGGGCUGUCUGGGCACUCUUGGAAAAACAAGAAAAACAACAACAGAGUAAUGAAAUUUGAGGUUUCAAAGAGUUCUGUGACAGUUUUAAAUUGUGCAUUUGAUGUCCUUUUUUCAGUUGCUGCAACCCCCUUGGGCCAAAGCAAGUGCUCCUGGGGUCCAUCUUAUUGGUGCCAGAGCUACAAACAAGCUGUUGAGUGUAAAGCAUUGGAGCAUUGCCGCAGCAAAGUGUGGGCUGUCAAAGAUGAUGUAAUUAUUAUUUUGUUGAUAGCUGUACAGAUAAUGUUAUAGCUACAUUAAGCAUCUUGGCCAAAUGCUCGGCAAAGAGCAAUUAUGGGUAUAAAGUGAGUUUGAUCCAAAGUUUUUAAAAAAGAACAGUCUUAUUAUUCCGUAUCUGUGUUAACUGGACUGGUUGGAGGAAGUUUUAUCUCAGGAUAAAGAAGAGAAUUAUUGUAUUUCUGUUUUGAAUUAAAGAGUUACUGUAAUUACUGGCAUAUUACUUUACUGUGAGGAGCGAGCCAAGAAGGUGUGUGAUAUCUAAACUGCAAUUAGCAGUGUAUGUACCGUUUAUUUAUUGGUUUUUUGCUUUGCUCUGCUCAUCCUAUUAUAAAAUGGUCAUAAAACACCCUUUCUAAAACUGGCAACUAAAGAACUAGUGCGUUUUGACUUUUGAAAUGAUAAGUAGGCUGUAAAGAAACCUGUUUUACCUCAAGGCGGGCCUUGGUCAAUUUUUUUGCCUACUUAAAAGUUGCAGUAUGUUAUUAACCUUGAUGAUACAGUUGACUCCCGAUAACUCGAACCCUCGCUAACUUGAACCUCGCCCUAACUCGAACCAAAAGCGAUUUCCCCUUGAUUUCCUUCUGACAUUUACUGUAAUUUAGCCUCAUUCACUAGAACCCUCAAUAAAUCGAACCUCCUGCUAACUCGAAGUAAUUAAUUUUUUGUUCCCCUCUAACUCAUUUCUAUACAAUUUUACCCUCAAUAACUCGAACCAUGUUAUUAGUGUGUGACAAGUUGGGGAAAAAACCAUGUACUGAAGUCCAAAAUAUUGAAUUUAUUUCAAAACAACCGAGUCAAUUCUUUGUCUUUACUUUCUUGUCACUCCAGUUCAAAUUCAGUGUCCAUUCCUGUAUACUUUGUUGCUUAAUUGUCUUUCCUUCCCAUCUGUUUGCUUGUUUCCUUACUUUCGGUGAUUUGUUUCAAACUCCCGAUAACUCAACCUUUUUUCGAUUUCCCUUAAAGGUUCAAGUUAUUGGGAGUCAACUGUGCUUAUGACAUUUUCAUUUCGUGCAAAACUUGGCAGCACUAGUAGGCCUUGCUAGACUUAUUUAAUCACAGUUUCAUCACAAUUUUGUAAGAAUGCCAGGCCUUUCUGUUUUUUUCAUUUUAGACUGCAUGCGAGAUCUGUGAACUGGUCAUACCUCAAAUCAAAGAAUUCUUAUCACAAAAUGCCACCCAGGUAACUGUUUUAGUCUAUUUACUUUCACUUUUCAUAUUUAGUUAAAGUGUAAUUGUAAAUAACCAGAAACCCAUAAGGGGUUGAAACGUGUAACUCGCAUUCAAUGCUUGUGGAUAUUCAUUUUGACCAUAUUUGGAAAUCUUAGUGACGGAUAUCCAUUUUUAACAAAAUGGCUGCUGCGCGAUCACCGUGCAGAUGUUUUAAGACAAGGGUUCUGCAUUUCAAGGUUAAAAAUACACUGUUAAAAGACAAAAAAUUGAAAGAGAAAGUUCAAAAGAAUGCUCAGCUUUCUUUUUGUGGAGAAAGGGAAGCUUUUCAUCAAGAAAUCGUCCUUCGAGGAAUUCAACCUUGUUUUCUUCACGGCGGAGCCCAUGGUCUGUUUUGAAAUGCAACCAAGUCAGCGAAGUUUUUGCGGACUUUUCAGGUACAUUUUGCACUCUAUGGCCAAGACAAUUACGUUUUUGAAAGGGAAUUUAGGUAUUUUUAAAUGUUUCAUAGACGUUUUAUAAAUUUUUCUCUUCGGCGCUAAAGAAAAAUUACAAAAUGUGCCCUGAUUUGAGAUGGAUUUUGUGUUGAAUUUUGCCAUGUGCUUAGCCGAUGUCACUUGUGUGAACGGAUCCACGAUCCAGAUAGUGUUUUCCGAAUUGCUUUAAAGGAUUAACUUUUUGAACUUUGAAUAAAAAUUUUCAUGAAACGGCUUCUCUGUCUAUUGUUUUGAGUUUGUUCAUUCAUAAAAUUAGCUCAAAACAUGAUCGUGACUACAACAUCUUAGUUUAAUUUAAGCUUUUAAAAUGCUUCUCACAUUCAUUACAAGCAUCACUUUUUGUGAAGAUGUCAGAUUCAGGUUUUGAACACUUUCGAUACGCAGCUAAUGAAUUUUAUUCGAAAAUGUUUUUCACUGUUUAUUCUUAACUUUUAACAUAAGAAUUUUAAAAGCCCAUUUGCAGUAUAAAUUUACUGUGCAGAGGGUCAACGAGGCAUCGUUUUUUGAAGUGACAACUUCGAGAAGUUGCGAGGCCGUCAAUGGGUUUCAUAAUGUUACGUUUGGCCCGGGUGGUAAGGCAACAAUAUCCUGCUCAGUGUUUCGGUAAUAUUCCUGGUUUCAACCUUUGAAAGCUUUCUCGGCUUUCAAGAGUUUUUCCCCCGUCUGUCGGCCAUUUUUUUAAGGGGGCGCGGGAACCUGAAGGAAAAUUACGUCACGUUGUUUACGAAGUUUGAUUGGUCAGUUAUCUCUUCUUCUCGUACCAAAUAUGGUUCUUUCGAAAAGGAAUAAUCACGAGCAUCGGACAAAGCAAACAUAUGAGAGUUACACGUUUCAACCCCUUAUGAGUUUCUGAAAUAACUUAAUGGUGUUUUCAUUUCCUGCAAUACAAAGAGUAUAAUACAAUGUAUGUUUAUUCAACAGUUUUUUUGGUAUCUAAUUGCAGGAAGAGGUUAUAUCUGUGUUGGAGAAAACUUGUGAUGAUCUUGGACCUGAACUUUCAGGAAUGGUAAUCGAAUAUCUUACCAUGUUUAACUAAUCUUUAACCCUUUCUCCCAAGUCAAGAUCGCAUUAUGGUGGUACUAUUAUUAAGUCAGUCAAACUUUUAAAUUUGUGGAUAGAAUCCAUGGGUAUCGCCUAUUUAUUAAAGUAACCUCUUUGGGCGAACAUUUGUUCAGUACUAUUUACUUCUUUGGAUUUUAGAAAUUCACUGUUAACAUUGAAAGGGCUGAAAUGGUGCUGGACCUAAGUUAGGAUAUUUGCCAUAAUUUUAUAACCAAGGUGGUCCGUCUUUCCUGCACACAUGAUCAUCAUAUAAAAAGCUGGUCUUGCGGGUCUAGAUGUGCCCAUGUUGAGGUCUUUGUACAUGCUAUUAUCUUUUUAGUUAUACCCAUUUGUAAAUGAGACCUGCAACUUGUUAGAUUUUAAACAAUGACAGUAUAUGUACAUGUACCUUGACACGUGCAGUGUGGAACAAGAGUGUAUUAGGGGCAAGAGCACUCAGCAGUGAGAUCCGCUUUUAAUUCCCUGAUGCAACCCCACAUGUGGUUUUAGUUUGUUGUUGGUUCUCUCCUUUGUGUUCAGAGGUUUCUUUCUGGGUAAUCCAAAUUUUUCAAAACAUCUCAUUUUUGUUAUUUUGAAUACAUAGUGUUUCAUGACUUAUUAUUUUUUGUUAAUAAAUUAACACAUAGAGCAGGUAGAUCAUAGUUGUACAUAACUGAUUAUUUUUGCUGUUGUUUAUUUGUUUUAGUGCAAAUCUCUGGUAGAUCAAUAUGAGCCUGUGAUAAUGAAAAAUCUUCUUGCCCUGAUGGUGAGUAUUAUCACUGAGAUUAUUUAAAGGGUUCAGGGCAUAAGUACUUGCAGGCCCAUGCUAUGACUCAAUCCAGAUUUGAUGAUGAUUGUAAACAGAAACCCACAAUAACUGAAUGAAGGGCCCAGGUUCGCAGAAAGUGUGUAAGUGAUUCUAAUCCACAAAUCAUUUUGGGAAGACAUGCUCAACAUAACGUUGCUGUAGUUUGAAAACGGAACUCACAUGUCAAAUUGUAAUUAUCAUCAGCACUUCACAAAUGUGACCUUCUCCAGGGAAACGUACCCUGAUGCAAAAACUAAAUGGGAAAAAACUAAUGGCUGAUGAACGGCUUGUUAGUGGCUCUUCAAAGCAUUUUAUCGGGUGAGCAAAAAUUUCUAACGGCUUUGGAAAGCAUUUGAACGGAUUGAUUUUCCGAAUGGUUUGCUUAACGUGUAGACUAAACAACAUGCUCUUUGUGAUUUUAAGUAAUCUCUCUAUCUGUUUGUCUCAAAUCAAUGCAUUGUCAGGCUUGAGGCUUGAACCUUAAGAAUUAGGUGUAAUGAUGAACAAAACUUACCGUGGCUCAUGCUUCAAACUUCUGNACUGAGAUUAUUUAAAGGGUUCAGGGCAUAAGUACUUGCAGGCCCAUGCUAUGACUCAAUCCAGAUUUGAUGAUGAUUGUAAACAGAAACCCACAAUAACUGAAUGAAGGGCCCAGGUUCGCAGAAAGUGUGUAAGUGAUUCUAAUCCACAAAUCAUUUUGGGAAGACAUGCUCAACAUAACGUUGCUGUAGUUUGAAAACGGAACUCACAUGUCAAAUUGUAAUUAUCAUCAGCACUUCACAAAUGUGACCUUCUCCAGGGAAACGUACCCUGAUGCAAAAACUAAAUGGGAAAAAACUAAUGGCUGAUGAACGGCUUGUUAGUGGCUCUUCAAAGCAUUUUAUCGGGUGAGCAAAAAUUUCUAACGGCUUUGGAAAGCAUUUGAACGGAUUGAUUUUCCGAAUGGUUUGCUUAACGUGUAGACUAAACAACAUGCUCUUUGUGAUUUUAAGUAAUCUCUCUAUCUGUUUGUCUCAAAUCAAUGCAUUGUCAGGCUUGAGGCUUGAACCUUAAGAAUUAGGUGUAAUGAUGAACAAAACUUACCGUGGCUCAUGCUUCAAACUUCUGAGCAGCGAACAAAAUUCUAACAACUUCUCUCAACUCAAACGACUUUUUCUAAUGCCUUGAAUGGUUUUCCUAAUGCUUUUAACGGCAGGUUAAACAAUUGUAACGGUUUUUCAAACCCCUUCAAUGAUUUCCAAAACCGGUUUAACGCUUAUCUAUCAAGUUGUAAACGCUUUUAGCCGUUAAACGGAAAAGCAAUAGUUUACAUUUUCCCGGAAAGGUCACAAAUAUGUCAGAAGCCAUCUUCAUGAAGUCCUUAAGGACCUUGGUUCUUAAGAGAGUGGUGAGAAAACUUGCUUUCCAUUGAUGUAGCAAGGGUUUGGAUCCUGGCCCGGGUAACAGUCUUAAAAGAGGUUUUUAUCCGGGCUCUCCAUUUUUUCCCUCUCCUCAAAACCAACAUUUCUAAAUUCCAGUUUGAUCCAGACUAUUACAAAUAUAGAGCUGGUUUAUGGAUGCCCUACCAAUGAUAUAAUUUUUUUAUUUUCCAUAUAAUUUUAUUGAAUUUUAUGGUAUGAUAUUUUUCUCCUUUAUUUUUAGGCAGAUCCCCAGCAAGCCUGCACAGCUUUGGGGCUUUGCCAAUCCAAGCAGAAGAAGGUCAUUGCUGCGAAACUUAUCAUGAGUACUUUACCGCUGGCGAAAAACUUCCUGUCUUCAAAACCUAAAAAAGCCAUCCUCAAGUCAAAGCCUUACAAGGCUUCUCCUCUGUGCGUGCUCUGCGAGUUUGUGAUGACUGAACUCAAGACCUUGCUUAGUGAAAAUGCAACACAAGUAAUUAUAAAUUUUGUUUUGAAUAAAAACAAAAAUAUUGAUUGGUUAUUUUUGAUUAUUUUUAAUGAGGCAUUUUCUGUUGUUCCCACCUGUGCAAAUUUCUUCAUAGGUGUCAUAAAAUAGGAUAUAAACUUGCUAACCCAGUUUUAGAUGUUACAAGUCAAAUAUGCUGACCUCAGGUUAAAAUGUUUAACCUUAGUAGGUUGAUUCUUAAUUUCCUUUGUGUCCUAUAGCUAGAAAACAAAGGAAAUUGAGAAUCAACCUACAAUAGAUUUAAGCUAAUUAUUAGCUUAAAUCAAAAUUAACCUGCAACUAAGACAACUUCUAUGGUCAAUGAUGUCAUGGGCAUUACCCCCCUGAGAUUGACGGCAAUUAAAAACUACCUUCACACAGCAUAAUUUAUACCUAAAAAGGGCAACUUUGUUCUCACUUCAUUUUGCAAAAAUGGAAUGUGUGUUGUAGUGAAUAAUUUUCAUCAGUUGUUUCCUUUUAACUGGGACCAUGAUGUGCAAGAUGAGUUGGAAAAGUCCUUAUUUUGCUUUUAAUAAAUAUAUUUCUUGAAUAAUAUUAUCGCAUGUUUUAGUUCUAGAGUCACCCUCACCCAUACCCUAACACCUGGUUAAACCUUUUGCCUAGUUUAAAAGAUUUAUUAGUUAAAAUUGAAAUGUACUGCUACACAAAAAAACUUCAUUACCUAAUGGGGACAAACAGGUCUUCUUAAAUUUAGACUAGUGCAGCAUGGACUGUUUCUUUAGGCGUUAAAUUUCAGAGAUUUUAAACAUGAGUAAUAAUGAGAUGUUUCGUGGCUCUUAGGAGCCACAGAUUUGUCAUUCAUAAGACUGGCACGCGUUUACUUUCUUGUUCAAUUUGCAAAGUCAAUAAUGUGCUUUAUUUUGUUUAUUUUGCAGGAAGAAAUAAAGGAGGCGUUGGAAGAGGUUUGCAGUUUGCUUCCUUCCACUAUACAAAGUGAGGUAAAUGUAUGAAAGAUUUAUUUUUGUUUGUGUGGUUUUGUUUUUCAUGGUUUUCUUCUGCACCAUCUGAUUUAUCUUAGUUAAUCACUUUUUUUGCUCAAUAUGUUGUAGAUUUUAGUUCAUGAAGUUACUAGUUGAUAUGUUUCAUAAAUAUUAGUACAGUCCAGUUUUUGUGGAGGAAUUGAGUAUUUUUUGCAGCAUAAGGGUAAUUCAGCUUUUGGCCUGCCAUGCUGAUUCCAGUGAAAAUCUCUAUUUAUCUACCCCACCUCCCCCAUUUGUUAUUAGUGAAUUUCUAUAACAGGAUGGGAGAAGAAAGAAGAUGGCAAACCUUGUGUGACAAGCAUGACAAUAAUUUGUUGAAAAAAAAUUCACCUUCCUUUAAACAGAUCUUUUUGUAAAAGACCAGAAAAUAUUAAGUGUUGAUUUUGACAAAACACGCAAGUUAUAGCCCUAUCAUGUUCCUUUGCCAUCGUCUUUUCUCCUGCUGUCUUGUUGUGUAAACUCACUAUUGCAUAAUGAGGCCCUCUUGGGGAAGUAAGUAUGUCCCUAGUUUGAAUUUCAAGUACAGCCAUUACGCAUUAUUGAGGAGAAGGCCAUAUUGAUAUAUCCCUGUCAGUAUUUAAUGCAUCUGUAUGUGGUUUAUCGCUUAACAGGGUCUCUAUAAUUUAAUGAAGUGGCAGACCUCAGGAGACAGAUAACAACUCUUAGAGAAAAAGGGGGUGAAAAUUAGUUGAUAAUCGGUAAACUGGAUAAGCAGAAAAGAGAAAUAGAGGUCAUGACGAGGACAAGUCAUCAAUGCUAGAAAUGGAGGGGGAGGUGAUUACAAGUUAACAGUGCUGUCACUUCUUGAAAAUGCCAUUCAGAUAGAAAAGAUGUGUUAUAGGAAGGGUGUCCUUGAUAACUGCGCCAUAAUACUGUGUUAUUUUUCUCCACAGUGCACACAAUUUGUGGAGCAGUAUGAACAAGCCAUUAUUGAAAUCCUGGUUCAAGAACUUAAUCCAUCCAUGGUUUGUACAGCUCUUAACCUUUGUGCAUCAAAGAAACACCAGAAAGGUAAAGGAUGGCAAUGUUCUGUCAUUAAAAUGACGAGCCACUUGAGAUAAAGCUGUGGUGAUAUGAUGAUCUAAACACUUUGUACUCUGUCUUAAAUCUGAAGGGUCCCAGAUUGAGGCCUUGUCCUUGAAGUUUUUUUAAAAGAUUUUUAUGUCUGUUAUCUGUAGAAAUAGGGAAGACUUUAUAGGAAGAUUUUGUUUAGAUUUUCCAUUGUAUGGAAUUGUUUUUAUUAUCAAACAACCUACACUGGUCUAUGUAACCAAACAUAGCUAAGACAUAGACUUUCCAACACAGUAAAGACGGUAAUGACAUUGACAUGAAGGUUGUGGUGGUGAAAUGAUUAAUCAAAUCCUUGAUUUAUCACGAUUAUGACCUUUUGGUUCGAUUUAUGAUUCUUUGCUUCCAAGUUUCGAUUUUGGUUCGAUUUUUGCAGACCUUUUUCAGGGUGCCCUCAGUGAGUUAUUACGUUGUAAAAUCAGAGUCAAGAACUCUUUAAAAUGUGCCUUUUUGAUUGACGAGCAAAGACGAUUGCAAUUCAUGCAUCGUUUUGUCUUGCGUGGUUAUAACGUUGUCCUUCAACAACCCCUUGAGAAUUUGCAAAUAAGGCAAACCACGUGCAACACGCUCUUUGUCAGGUUCUCAAACAUGGCGACGAACGACUAAGCAACCGUGAAUCCUCCUGUCCCUUUUACUAUUCUCAAAUUUAGGGUUUAGAGUUGCAUGUUGUUUACAUUAUGCAUUAUAUUAUAAGAACUAAGAAACAUUAAUAAGUUACGUAAUCAGAUUGAAAUAAUCAAAAUCAAAUGGAAUUGCAGGGAACAUGAAUUGUUACACCCCUAGAAGGUUAUGCACUUGUGUGCUUCUACACAGAGACGCUUAUCUUUAUUACAUGUGGUCUGUGACCUCCCUCUUCCCUGACAUGUGUGGGAUCAUCACGCCUGCAUAUGUUCUUGGGUUACAGAACCUUCUAAUUGCUUCAGGCCACGGAACAUAGCUGAAUAUUGGAGAUAUAAGGCAAUAGUUGUGUUCAUCAACUGGGGUCUUGUUUUGAUCUUUCAGCAAUGGAGAAGCCUGUGGCUCUUGCUGUUGGAAGUAAUGAGACUUGUGAAAUCUGUGAAACUGUCAUGACAUAUCUGAAGAAUGCGCUUGCUGACAAUGCCACCAAGGUAACUUGUAAAGCUUGGCUUUCGUUAUCAGUGUUUCAAUAGGCCAUUUGCAUGAUAGCUUCAUUUUACUACUACGACCAGAAUCCUUUGCGUUUUUCCUUUCUUGUGCAAAUUAUCGCCUUUGUUAGUUAAACCUCGCUGGGAUUACCAAAUUUAAAUGUGAAAGGAAAAACGAAAAGAAUUCUGGUCUUAGAAGUAAAAUGACACCAUCUUGCAAAUGGCCUAUUCUUCCAUUCAAAAGAUUGAUUACUGGUAUAUAUAUUUUGCCAAGUUUAUUUUUUGAUUGUUUGUUAUUGUUGUUUUUUCAAGUUUUCUAAGUUAAGCUAGGGUGUAGGCAGUAUAGUACCCUGUGAGCAGAGGUUUAUCUCUUGCAUGGUGUUUAUUGUUUACAAAGUCGUUUGCAUCGCUGGUCAGUCGCAUUGUGCUGAUAAGCUACAUUAAUGACUUCGUAAAUGCUAAACGCCAUGCAAGAGGGAAAGCUCUGCUCGCAGGGCAGUGGAAUAGGCACCAUAGCACUAUUAAAAUAUCAUUGUAUUCACUUGUUUGUUCUCCUUUGUUUUCUAUUAGGAAGAGAUCCUUAGUCUUAUGAAAGCGGUUUGCAACUACUUGCCAUCCCAGAUUGCUUCGGAGGUAAUUUUGAUUUGAUAUCAUCUACACUAACUUGUGAACUGAUGAAACAACAACAACUUUAUUCUUUGUAAAAAAAUACAAAAGUUGAACAGCUUGCCCCGCAAAUAGCUGGAAAGCUAGUCUGGCAAGGCAAGACAAGUAAAUCAAUAACACAAUUACCUAGUAAAACAGAAACCCUAAACUAUUAGAAAGCCUUGCAGAUUGCAACUAAAAAUAAAUAAAACACAGAAGUUAAGUGAUCUAAUUGACACAUGUUGAUUCUUUGACAGGUCGUCGUUCUUUAAUUCUUCAAUUUCAUUACGCAAAGCUUGAUUUUCCUUUGAUUCUUUCCUGAAUGGUUUUCAGAAUAUGCGUUUUCAGGAUAAGAGAGGAAUUUGUGAAUUGAGAUCGGAGUGCACAAAAACACCUCUUCACAGCUCUGUGCUUACGUGGGGCUUGCUUGAAAAUGAAAUACAAUGAUUGAUUAAUUUGAUUAUUAAAACUAUUUAUUUGUCAUUUUAUUAGUGCAGUGCUGUUGUCUCAGAGUAUGGUGAAGCCAUUCUGGAUCUGAUCGCCGACUCUGAUCCUCACCUUUUGUGCCAGGUAUCAGUAUUGUUUUCUUUAUCUGCACCGCAGUAGAAUACUCUUUACAGCGAUGGAUCCAGCAGGAGUUGCAGAUGUCCCUAACCCUGUCAUCUCCAAAAGUGAUCAAAGUCAAACUGCAAUAAAACUUCCAAAUUUCAUUUUGUAAAAAUGCUGACAAAUAACACCAUGUGAGAGAAUUGGCAAAGAGGCUUUGUUUGUAUUGUCAUACCACAGGAUUUCAUCCAAAGACUCAAAAAUUAGAACCACUUGACAAGAUUCCGUCUUUCAAUCUCAGCUUGGGUGAAAGGGUUAAUUUUAAGAUUGUACCUAUCAGACUUGUUCCAGGGUAUGUUUUGGAAAUUGACCAAAGGUAGAUUAUGUUUUAAUGAGUACGGAAAACAAAAAGAGAGUGCAAAAAAUUCCUUCGUAGCACAGAAAAUUCACACUUAAUCUUAGGCUGCAUUAUGCAUCUGGGCCCAGGGCGUUUUUGCUUAGAUCAUGGUAUGCUUCAGAGUGAAAAUUUUCUGCAAUCAUUCUGUCUGAUUACAAAGAUUUUUUUUCCACACAAUCAAAGAUAACUGGACCAAAACAAACAUUGCAAAAAAAGAUACCAUGAAACAUAAAAACAGUUGUAGAAAACUUCCACUUGAUCUCAAGUGGCUUUACUGUUGUAACCACACCCAAUGCAAGAUUCCUGAAGCCAUCCUAAAUUAUGGUAAUCUUGAGUAAAGUCUCAGCAAUUAACAAAAUGUCCAACGUAUAGUACAGGACAUGGGAGUUACAGCAUUUCACCUGUUUUGUAAAUCUGCCGUAUUGCACGCAAAUUGCACGAGAAAUAAACGCGCGAAACACGCGUGUAAAAAAAUAAACGUAUAAAUAUUCGACAAAAUACUUGUCUUAUUUACUUGUAAAAUUGUACGUGCGCAUAUUAUGGCUAAGUUAAAGAGGUCCUUUUUAAGGAAAAAGGCUGUUAUAGUUGAAGGUGGAUUGUCAAGCGAAUACUUAAAAAUUUGUUUAACAUCCAUUUGGCUCAUUGUAAAAAAACAGAGUUAACAGAUGUCAUUUCAUAUUUACUUUUCAGGACAUCGGUCUGUGUGAUUCAGCUGUUGUAAAGAAGAAGGGCGGUGACUUCUGUUUCCUUGGUGCAUCAUUCUGGUGUGCUAGUAAGCAGAAUGCCAUCAACUGCAAUGUAAGUUUA